UUUAGUAUACAUCGAACAAUAGUAAAAUGAAGGUCCUAACAAUUGCGAUAUUCGUGGCUCUCUGCGCCGUGGUCGCGGCCAGGCCGAACGGUUUUGGCUGGGGACGUAAUUACGGCGGCUGGGCGGGCAUCCAUCGCAAUGAUCAAUGGCACGACAGAGUAGGCGAUCUGGAACAUGGUCGCUGGAAUAAGCAUGGAGAUAGAUGGCAGGGAAGGUAUGGUGGCUGGCACAGAGAUGAGAGUGGUUGGCAUAGAGACGACCGCUGGAGACAUCCGGAUUUCACAAACGGACAUGGACAUGGAAUGCGUCCUGAACAACCUACAGCAUUGCCAAGCUCCACAUCAGCUCCCGUGGAGACUACCCAAGCUCCUGAAAAACCAGUAGAAUCAACUCAGGCCCCAGAACAGCCAAUUGAAAGUAGCCAAGCACCCGAGGUGACAACUGAGGCACCCGAACAGUCUACAGUGGCACCCGAAGAAACCACUGAGGCACCCGAGGAGUCUACAGACAAACCCGAGGAGACUACAGAGGCACCCGAAGAGACUACAGAGGCACCCGAAGAGUCUACACAAGCACCAGAUGAGUCUACACAGACACCCGAAGAGUCUACACAAGCACCAGAUGAGUCUACUCAGGCUUUCGGCGAGCCCACAGAAACAACAGAAGCACCCGAGACGCCGGAAGAGUCUACUCAGGUAACCGAGGAGCCCACAGAAACUACUCAGGUCCCGGAGGAGCCGACAGAAACUACUCAAUCAUCGGAAGAGCCUGAAGAGUCUACUAAAGUUACAGAAGAGCCGACGGAAACUACCCAAGCCACCGUAGAGCCAGAGGAAUCAACGACCGAGGGUUAGGGAGAACCAGUUGAGACAACGACAGAAGCAGAGGAGGGCAGCGGCUCGGACAACUAGAAUAUCAUUAUUAUUUUGAUGCUAAGCGAGCGUAGUAAACAUUGGAAAUCCAACAUAGUUAAGAAACGAAAUGAUAUAUUAAUAUAAGUAGAUGGUUUUAUUCUAAUUAUAGAAAAUGUUAGUCAAAUCAUUUCGUAAUCUUUUAUUAUUGAUCAUUUUCUGAGUACUUGAAAACUUCAAUGGCUGCGAUUGAUUUUAAAGAAUGUCAUACACUUUUAUUUGUUAACAUGACAUUAUCAUAAUGUUCGGGCCACUUAAGAUUGCCUUCUAUGUAGGGUCCAUAAAUACAUUAUUUGCUGAUUUCUUGUUACCGUAGUGUUAAUGGCAUAAAUUAAAGUUCAAUUGUCAGUUCCGAUAGAUCGCAAAAAUGUUUCAACGCAACUCUUAUCGCUGGGCAUAACAUAAUAAACGUGGUAUUCAAGUGGCUUAUUA